AUGAGUCUUGCUCGAAAAACUGGUGGCAACUCUGGUUGGGAGGACCGUUGUACAGAUCCAACUUGUGCACCCUGGAUUGGAAACCUUUACUCAUGCCUUAAGAUAGUCAUUCAGCUCUCAUCUGGAUUACUGCAGUUUGUUCUUCAUGUACUCAAACUACAACUGGCCCAGAAUAUAGUAGCACAAAUAGUUAAAUGCAUCUCAGUGUACUCAAGUAUUGUUUCUAAGUCUUAUGAAUGUCGACUGAAGGGUCAAGGAGCUACAUUUGUUGAAACCACCAGCCCUUUUAUUACAUCAGCUCUAGAUGAAAUUUCUCCAGUCAGUGAUAAGAUGCUUCAUGGUAUGAGGAGACAUCCACAACCCAGUGAACAAGUGCAACAGGUGAUCAUUAUUCAGGGAUAUGACAGUGAUUUCACAAUUGAUGCCUCAAUGGAGGAAACAGCAGCAGCUACCCUUCAGACUUUGGCAAUGGCUGGCCAAGUGGCAAGGGUCGUACAUAUAACCGAAGAUGGACAACUGAUAGCUACAAAUCAAAAUGGCUCUCAUGUAAGCAGUAUACUUCCAGAACAAAUACUCAAUGAACAGUUGUCAGAUGGGAAAACACAACUUGUUGUUGUUGAAGGCUCUGUAGGAGGAACUGCUAUUGAAGAAGCUGUUUCCUUAGGGAUUGCUUCAGCCCCAAAUAAUGCAGUGGUGCAACAGAUAAUGAGACACGAAUCUCUGGAUACAUCAAGGGUACACCCGCCUGAGUCUGCCUCAGCAUUAGACGCUUUGCUUUGUGCUGUAACAGAACUUGGUGAGGUGGAGAACAAAGCAGAACUCUUGGAUAGAGCACAGCUUUGUCACAAAGAAGCAUUGCAAGUGCCAAAUCCAGAAGCAGACACCGUUUCUAUUGAUGACAUAACACAGGAAACACAAAUGUUCCAUGGUGUUCAGGAAAUUGAAGAAGAACAGUCCAUGGAGGUAGUAACACAAGUUGUGCAUCCAUCUACCAUAAUUUCAUCUCAGGAAAAUGCUCAAGUCGCCUUCAAGAAAAUGGUUGAAGGAGUCCUCCAGUUUGCUGUAUGUGAUACAGCUGCAGCUGAUCAGCUGAUGAAAGAAGGUGUCACUCAGGUUAUUUUGAAUGAGGAAGGUACUGUGCAUAUGGUAGCUAGAGAAGGAUCUCAAAUAAUAAUGCAAGAGACUGACAGCCAUACUCUGAGCAUCCAAAGUCAACACAUGGAUUUGGUUGAAGCAGAUGGAGGAAUUUCACAGAUCAUUGUCACAGAGGAGAUUGCUCAAGCGAUGGUUCAGGAGUCUAACAAUAACUUCGCCAGUGGUGCAACUCAUUACAUAGUAACACAAUUACCACAGGAAAUUGAGAAUGACUCUAGAAUAUAUUCACAUACUAUGAUAGAGAAAGAAGAAACUCACGAACUUUUGCAGGCUGGCACAGUUAUAAAUUCUAAUCAAAAUUCUUGUGACGAAAGUGUUGAACAACUAAGUAGCAUGCUCAUUUACACAGAAGAUGGUUCACAAACAGCUAUUAUCCAGGGCCAAAGAGAUAACAGUGAACUAUAAAAGAUACUAAAGUACUCUACCUAAUAAGUUCAAAAAAAGAGAAAGAAUUAAACAUCAGAUAUAUUAUGUUUUAUUGUUAACUUAUAAGCAUUUCUAAAUGGUAUUUGCUGUUCAAUGCAUUUAGAUGGUGUUAGCAUCACCAUCUUGGGAAUGUUACAUAAAAAGGGAAUUUUCCUUGUUUUUGCAUGAGCAUUGAUCAGACUGUUACUGGUUAUAGACACUGAAAAUUUUACAAAAUAAAAUCAGAACAUACACAGAUGCAACUACCAAGAUAUUAAUUUAAUUAUCUUCAUUAGAUAAUUUGGGUUAUUUUGCUUAUCACCUCUUCAUUAUAUUUUGACAUUCUGAUAGUUUUAUCUUUCUUGUGAUUAAUUAUGUAAUUUGACUUAUCUGACUUUCUGCAGGGAGAGCAAAUUAAAUAUGCAGGUACUUAUAUCACCUAAUUGACACAGACAUCAACAAUUUAUAGAUUAAGGCAUUCUAUGUAUGCAAUAAUUUUUACAUUCCAAACCUGUUUAAAUACGCCCCAGUUAUUUCUACUCAAAAUGCAGUAUCCACAAUGAAAUAAAUUUAUGGUGUGGUUCAAAAUGCCUUUUUUCAAAAUACAUUUUAUUGUGAUUGAACCCCCAUUGAAUAUCAUGAGAUCUCUCUAAAAUCAACCCUUGUGGAGGUAUUAGCAAAAGAAACUCACUAAUACCUGUUACGUAAUCAUUGCUGGGAUUUCGUUCUUCUUCUUUUUUUAAAGUAUCGUUCAAAUAUAUACCAUUUUGCAGUUUGUUUUAUGAAUGGGCUUUGCAAAUAUUUGAUGACCCUUUCCAUGUUAAAUUCUGCCAUUAAUCUUAAGUGGAAAAAGUUGAAUUUGAUCUAUUUCUUCUUGGAUCAAAAUGUUGAUUUGGUUGUGGAUAAAUUCUGAUUGUUUAAAGUAAGUUCCUGCUAAAAACAAUUAUUUUUCUGCUAUAAAAACUUCUGUUUUUCCUUAAAAGAUGUAACUAUCAUAUAUAGGGGAACAGUUGGUUCUUUACAAUAAAAAAACAGCAUUAAAAGGUGUAUUCUCAUUUUUAAUGUUAAGCUUACCUGGAAGUAGAUCCCAUUGAGAGUUCUUACAGACAUGCACUGUUGAUCAAUACACAGAGCUGGCAUUAAAUAGACU